AAAAGCGGAGCAAAACAAAACCGAAAAUAAUUUUCUGCUGUGGACGCAAAAACAAGCUCUUUUCAAGCCAGAAUGAACAAUUUGGAAAAUUUAGUCAUUUAUUUUAGUAAUUUAUCAGCUUUUUAUAUUUUCAGCAUUGCAAUAUCUGUCGCAGUAGUUAUUUUAACUGUAUACCUAGGCUGGAUUACACGUUCUGAGGACGCAGCGAAAAAUUACGAUCCCAUGGAAGAUCAUUCAAAGGUCCAGAACGAAUGCGAAGAAAGCAGCGAAGAUGAGAGUCUUCGCAUUGAAUCUAUGGGACAGCUUAAAUCUGCAAGAAUCCGGUCUCUCGAAAAUACCCUUACGAAUGAACAACGCGAGGAAGAGAAAAAGAAAUCCCGACUGUGGCAGAGAAAUAAAAUGCUAAUCUACAAACAGGUGUUCCGAACAGCGAUAAUGUAUGCAGUUCCGAUUUGGUCUACCUGGUGCGCGACGAGGAAGAAAGCCAUCCAGAGGAUUCAGAACAAGGUUUUAAAAAUGAUUUUGCGGCUUCCACCUUGGCACAGCACCGAAGAUCUUCAUCGGAUUGCGGGCAUUGAAUCGAUUGAAGAGAUUGCCAACAAAAUCAUCUCCAACUUCAGAGGCAAAUCGAUGCAGUCUUCCAUCGCAGAGAUUCGUUCUCUCUAUAAUUAGUUUAAUUUUAGGAUAGUUUUAGUUUUUAGUUGUAAGUUUAAAAUAUUUUUGACAUUACAGGAUGUUCUUCUACAAAAAAAACUUGAUUGUGCUCAGCAAAUUUAAGUCGAUUUAGUGAUUAGUAAACUAUAGGGCUCUGGACAGUUCAUUAUUGAACUGAACACCUAAUAUAAUGUAAUAAUGUAAUAUAAAUGUAAUGAUGAAUUGGUACGAAUAAAGACAUAUUAAAAAAAAUCUUCGUUACUUCUGGUGUGCCUCAAGGCUCCCAUCUCGGCCCCCUAUUUUUUAUUUUAUACGUUAAUGAUAUAACUUGUCUUCUCAAGCAGUCAAAUGUGCUAAUUUAUGCUGAUGAUAUGAAGCUUUAUAUGAAAGUAAAUAGCGGAGAAGACUUCAGAAUCUUUCAAAACGAAGUUAAUGUAUUUAACAAAUUAAAAGUCUGCACAAACUUAACGUGGCAAAAUCUUCAAAUAUUGUUGUCAGUCAUAUUAAAUUGUCAAAUUGGGAGAUGAUCAUGUCAAGAGAGUCAACAAGAGAGACCUUGGAGUUAUAUUAGACUCAAAACUUACCUUUGUAGAUCACUAUAAUUCAAUAAUUCAGAAAUCAAACAGUAUGUUAGCAUUUAUAAAACGUUUUAGUUAUAAUUUCAAAAACCCAUAUACAAUACAAAAAAAUUGUACACAGCUUAUGUUAGAUCCAUUCUUGAGUAUUGUAGCGUUGUGGUGUCGCCUUUUCAAAUUUCACAUAAAAGCCGUUUGGAAUCAGUCCAGAAACAAUUUGUUCUAUUCGCUUUACGAAAUUUAGGAUGGUCUCAGAGCCAAUUACCUAGCUAUGAAUCACGUUGCCUGCUUAUAAACAUGAAAUAUUGAGUGUAAGAAGAGAGUUUGCUGCAAUCUGUUUCGUAAACGAUAUAAUUAAUCAGCGCGUUCAGUCUGCUUAUCUACUAAAUCAAUUAAACUUUUAUUGUCCUUGCCGUCAUUUAAGAACAAGAAAUCUUUUCAUUAUAACCUCUACUCGAACUGAUUAUAGAAAAUGUAGUCCAAUGAAUUGUUUAAUGUAUAGUUAUAAUAAAUACUAUGAGAACAUAGACUUAACUAUGUCAAAACAGCAGCUGAAAAAAAGUUUUUACGGUAACAGGCACCGAAGAACCUGACUUUGUAAAUGUAAAGAAAAAUCAUUAUUACUAAGCCUAUUUGAAAAUUGUAAUCCCUAGCUUUAAAUUAUUAUAUAUGUA